AUGGCGACUAUCGACCACACCUCCCAGAAGUUCACCCUCAACACCGGGGGCCAAAUCCCUGCCAUAGGGCUUGGGACGUGGAAAUCGCCGCCAGAGCAAGUCCGUAAAGCUGUCAGCCACGCGCUUCAGACGGGAUAUCGACACAUCGACACAGCUCUCAACUAUCAGAACGAAGUCGAGGUUGGCCAGGGCAUUCGAGAGUCGGGGGUUCCGCGAGACCAGAUCUGGGUGACUACCAAGCUGGACAACCCCUGGCACCACAGGGUCCGAGAAGGGUUCGAGAAGUCCCUGAGCGACUUGGGGGUUGGGUACAUCGACUUGUACCUGGUGCACUUCCCGUGCUCAACCGAUCCAACUGACCCUUCUAAACACUUGCCGGAUUGGGAUUUCGUGAAAACAUGGCAAGAAAUGCAGAAACUGUUGGCCACUGGGACCGUUCGGAACAUCGGCGUGUCCAACUUCCAGAUUCACCACCUUGAGAAACUCCUUGCCGACCCUUCCUGCAAGGUUGUUCCAGCCGUGAACCAGAUCGAGCUUCACCCCGGCAAUCCCUCUCCUAAAUUGUUGGAGUAUUGCAAGUCGAAAGGCAUCCACUGCACAGCUUACUCCUGCCUCGGAGGUGCCACGGACAAUCCACUCUACAAGGAGCCUAUACUGGGUCAGAUAUCACAUGCCAAGGGGAAGACUCCUUCUCAGAUCCUACUGAUGUGGAGUCUCCAAAGAGGCACCAGCAUUAUCCCCAAGAGCGUGACGCCUUCGAGGAUAGAGGAAAACUUCCAGUUGGAUGGCUGGGAGCUGACCAAGGAUGAGAUGGAAGCUUUGAGCGGUAUCAAGACCCGCUUCAAGGUCGUCCAAGAUGCGUGGAUGCCCAUAAAGGUCUUUUUCGGGGAUGACGAAUGA